GUGAGUAUUUAAGAUCGAGAAAGCGCUUUUUCUUUUUCUUUUUCGCCCUCCUUCACCUUCGAAUCAAGCCUCCUACGGCGUCCCCACCAGUCUUAACGACGGAAGGGUUCCCCAUAUCCUGCUUGCUUCGAUGACGCUCCCCGUCUUCUGCCACUCCAGCAGCCGGGCUAACCACAACCGACAUGGGUGGUGCAGAUGCAGCCGAAUCUCACGGAUCCGAUUCGCUUUCGUCCGCCUGGUAUCGUCAUCAGAGGGUCUAUCCGGCUGGGAAAUUAAGGUAGAGCGCUCAACAACCAACACAUCGAGGCCGACAGGCACAGUAGUGUCCCCUGGCCGGAAGGCUCGUGUGGCGCUGGUGCUGCCGUUGGUGGAAGCACAAUGGGGCUCUGGUACCGGAGACCACCGAGCGCUAUCGUUGGCUGAUCUUGGCUGCAGGGAGUGGCGGCUCCCCACUUGGUGAAGUUGGUGGGUUUGGGUUCCGACGACAGAUUUUUAACUCCCUAGGCAGUAGGCACGGCAGCUUCAAGUCACACCUUUCUGUGCGUGUGCACCGGUGGAAGGCAGUUCCGCUUACGGAGCUGCGUACUUAUUCCUUUUCGUUCUCUUAGAAUCUU